AUGCAUCCAGCUAUAAGUCGCAACGACUUCGAAUUGCCUGGUUAUGAUCACCUCACGCUGGAAUUGUCGACACUAAUAUCUGGAUACCCGCCGCCAUUCAUCUAUAUCCACGACCCAGCGAGCUGUGAGGUUACGACGAGAGUAGUCCGCUCACUCCUGAACCAUCUUGAAGCAACACCCAGUAGUGAACUGGACAUCCCUGCCAUUGCAUAUGGUCGUGCAGACGCGAUCUGCUGUCUAUCUCAACGGUGUUUCUACGAAUCGCUCAUACACACGCUUGUCGACUGGCAGCCAGACUGGGAGGAUGGGUGCGCUAACUGGGGCUCUGAAGGGGACCUACGAUGGAACGAGAACAUGGACACCUUCCUUCAAGGCAUUCGCGCCUCCCACAACCACAUACGUGGAAAGCUGGGAUUGGAUUCGGCAAAGAAAGGCCUGAGGCUCGUGUUCGUUGUCGAAGGGGUAGAGCGGCUGAAAGAAACCAUGCCUGAAGUGCUGGUGCCUUUGACAAGGCUACAAGAGUUGAGUCAGCUGGACGUCUGUGUCGUAUUUGUCUCGCAAGCUGGGUGGGACACGGUGAAGCCUCCCCUUGCGGCUGCACCGGAUCCCUACUUCAUAGACAUCAUGCCUCCGAGGAAAGAAAGUACGGCUCUCCCCUUCUUGCAGAGCCAGCUCUCGCUAAUCUCGCAUCAAGCUAUUGCGCAGAUGCUGAUAACCCGCUUCCCAACCAUCUACGAAGAGACUGGCUCCACACUUUACCACCCCGCUCUCCAAGUGCUCUAUUCCCAGUUUGCAACAGUUGUGUGCGAUGUUUGUUACGUUUUCACCCACGACCCUCAAGAGCUUCAAUAUAUCGCAGCGGCAAGAUGGCCUGGGUUCAUCCGACCGGUGUUGGACAACCAUCAACGGAAGUUGGAGGAGCUUCAAGACACCAUGCAACUUGAUGAAGACAAUGUCCCGCCGUUCGAGGCCCCAUCCGAGGAAGAGCGCCUCCGACUAAUUCGGCUGUUCACGCCCUCACUGACCGCUGCUGUGGAAUCCCUUUACCCUCGCCUCAUGAACGCGGUCGACUGGGCGAAAUCCAACAUGCCCGAACGUGACCUGUUGACAAUGCCACCAGCACUAGCGCGAGUACAGGUUGUAAAACCUGGAGAAAGCGCGCUGGCUAAUACGUUGGGAUACCUUCCCAGGAUGUCCAAAUUCAUUCUUGUGGCAUCUUUCUUGGCUUCAACAAACCCACCCAAGUCGGAUUUGAGGAUGUUUGGGCGGGGGACAGACGAGAAAAAACGGCGGCGACGUCCGACUCAGGCUACUGGGAAAUCGAAAUCUGGAGUGUCUAAAGUCUCCCAGCGUCUCGUCGGCCCCUCUCCAUUUCCUAUGGAUAGGCUAGUUGCCAUUCUCGGUGCGUUGCUGGAAGAAAACGACGCAGAUAGUCGCCUGGCCACAGAAGAAUUUGCUAUCCCAGGAGAGUACACAGACAUGGAAAUAAGUCGCCGUAGUAUACACUCUUCUGUGAGUCCUACCUCCACCCCUGCUGGAAGCACCGACCCUGAACAUACACGUGCUAUUCAAACAGGUCCUUGA